GGCGGAGCAGCGGAAGUGCAGUUUGAAGAUAGGAAGUUGUGCCGGAAGUAGCGUGGUCGCAACCAAGGAGACGCAGUCAUGGCAGAAUACUCAGAUCUCACCGGAGCUGGCGAUGACUCGACUCCUGAACUAUCGGGCAGUGAAGACGACGAACAGUGGCAGUGGAUGGAAGAUAACUCCGAAAAUAGUCAGCAAGUUACUUGCUUGUUCUGUGACAGGUCUCUAAGUUCUGUAGCAGACACGCUACAACACUGCGUAGCAGAGCAUCAGGUCGACAUCGUAGACGUGGUGAAGACACACAGUCUAGACGACUAUGGCUACAUAAAGAUGAUCAACUUCAUACGCACAACGAGGUGCGCUGGGAAGAGCCUGAGAGAGAUCCAGCCAGGUGCUGUUCCCUGGGAGAGUGAGCACUUCCUGAGACCAGCUCUGGAAGAUGACCUCUUACUGCAGAUUGACCUGGAGGAGGUGUGUGGCAGGCUGGCCCCCAGGGUGGGGGCCCAGGCGGGGCCCUCGUCCGGGGGCCAGGCCACUGAGGAGAGGCUCCAGCAGGCAGAGGAGGCCCUGGCCAGAGCCAUGGAGGACCUGCACAAAGUCAAGCUCCUGGCCCAGGGACUGGUGAUGAAUGUGGCCUCCAGCGGGGGCCCAGGGGCCCUAGGGACCGUGGCUGAACUCAGAGAGGAUGAAGAUGAGGCGUACUUCAGCUCCUAUGGCCACUAUAGCAUCCACGAAGAGAUGCUGAAGGAUAAGGUGAGGACGGAGAGCUACAGGGAUUUCAUGCUGCUCAACCCAGACGUGUUCAGAGACAAGGUGGUGCUGGAUCUGGGCUGUGGCACUGGCAUUCUCUCCAUGUUCGCCGCCAGAGCCGGGGCUAAGAAGGUCAUUGGAGUCGACCAAUCAGAGAUCAUCUACCAGGCCAUGGACAUAGUCAGACUUGUUGUGUGUGUACUCUCCUCUCAGGUGAUUGAGUGUAACUCUGUGUGUCUCUCUGAGCUGGAGUUCACGUCCGACUUCUGCCUGAAGAUUACAGACAGCAAGGACUGCACGGCGAUCGCCGGCCACUUCGAUGUGUUCUUUGACAGGGCCUGCAGCAACAAGGUGAUGUUUUCCACGGGCGCCCAGGCCACCAAGACACACUGGAAGCAGACCGUCUUCCUGCUGGAGGAACCCCUCCCAGUUACAGCAGGGGAGGAGCUUCGGGGGAAGGUCACAGUUCGCAAAAACAGGAAGGACCCUCGCUCCCUGCUGGUGACCUUUGAACUCCAGGACAGGAAGCAGACAUACAGCCUGCAGUAGCUCGCUGGACCAAUCACAUUUGUUUACAGCAGAGAGAGAACUGGUGGAGAUUGUAAUACACACCUGCAUGAGCUGUCAUACUGUACCUGAUGACAUGUGGCCAAAGUACAGAGGCUGGGUUUAGUACCAAUAGGAAGACAGACAAUCUUUCAGUUAAAUCUGGGUUGUGUAUUUUCCACCUAUAGUUUCUGCUCUUGAAUUCUGACAGUUAUGUGCAGCUAAAUAUACCUGCAUCUAGUCCCAUUGGAUUUUAGUGUUAUUUUAAGUGGUUUUAAGGUGCACUCUUUGUAAUGGUUUUCUGAUGUGUCCUUUUGUUAAAUCACUGUUUUCCAUCUCUGCUGUUACGACUCACGACGAAUAGCAGCCGCUUAGACACGAGCCAGACUAACCCUCCUGUUCCUCCACUGUGCAGCCACGAGCCGCGCUGGUGACAGUCCUGUUUCAGUCCCCUCAGCCCAUGAAGCAAAAUGAGACUUUCUGAUGAGCUGGUUCAGGAUGUUUGAUUUAGUUUUUGCUUAAUAAAGCUCUUUUUCACUGCAA